AUGGAGGAAGAGAAGUGUUUUUUCGGGUUCCGCAAUACUACCUCAGGCAGUCCAGUGGUAGACCUAUCUGUAAAUACAACCACCAUUUUGCAGGGCACUUUAAGAAUCACAGGAAACUAUUUACCUUCACAUAGUGGGAAUUUGUAUGCUUCCUUUCAAGGAAUACCAUUUGCCCAGCCACCUAUUGGUAACCUUAGGUUUAAACCUCCUCAAGAACCAAUAUUCUCCAAUCCUCUCACAGAAAUAAUUAACACUGGAACCAGUACUGUUGUAAACAAAUGUGUUCAAGUAAGACAAAGAUCAGGCGAUGAAGACUGUUUGUAUUUGAAUGUGUACAGUACUGCAAAAACCGGUUCUUCAGUAUUACCUGUACUUGUGUACAUACAUGGAGGAAGCUUUGUUUAUGGUAGCGGUGGUUUCUCAGAAUUAGGACCCAUCUACUUAAUGGAUCAGGAUAUUGUGUUGGUCACCAUUAAUUAUAGACUUGGACCCUUUGGCUUUCUUAGCCUAGGCACACAAGAGGUUCCUGGAAAUGCUGGUUUUUGGGACCAAAAUCUGGCUCUUAAAUGGGUUCAAAAAAAUAUUGGAACAUUUGGGGGAGAUAAAGAUCAGGUGACUGUGUUUGGCAGCUCUGCUGGAGCCAUUAGUAUAGGUUACCACAUUAUAACUCCAAAUUCAAACACACUUUUUAAGCGAGCAAUACUACAGAGCGGUGGCCCUUUAUCUCCAGCUUACACAGUGAGAAAGGCUUCAUCCGCAACCACCUUUGCAUCUAGUUAUGCUGCAAACAUGUCUUGCAUUUCAGAUACUCUGAACUGUCUCCAAAGUAAAUCUGUUGAUGAAAUCUUAAAUGGAUUUAGUGCUGAUACAAGGUGGAAUGGAUAUCUGGAUUCUUCUUUUACAUCAAAUCCAUUUUUCCCUGAAAACAUCCUUGAAGGCCUAUCAUCAGAAAAUCUUAACACUGAUAUUGAAGUUGUCUUGGGGACAGUUAAGGAUGAAGGAAGAUACUUUAUAAAUCAAUUCUCUGAUGUGGAAAUCAAACUUCUUGGACUAUUUUUUCCUCUUGUAUGUCCAACCAUGAUUCUUGAUGAAAAAGCAGGGGAAGACCCAGAACUGGAGUUGAGUCGAUGCAUUGAAAUACAGAAGUUCUACAAUUUGACGGAUGGAGCAACAUCAGACGAACUUUCUCUAAUGACAGGAGAUGUUCUGUUCACCUUUAGUCAGCAUGCAUUUGCAAGAGCUCUUAUUGCUAGGAAUAUUCCAGUGCAUCAGUACUUUUUCACACAUAAGGGGGAGUACAGUGUUUUGCCAAAUUUAAAAGAUGUAACACAUGCUGAUGACUUAUUUUACUUUUAUAACCCACUUUUUGGAAGUGACUUUCCACUGGAUUUUACAGACCAGGAGAUAUCUGACUUUAUGGUUUCUGCCUGGGUCAGCUUUGCUAGGACAGGUCAACCUUUCCCUCCAGGUUCACGCUUUACCUGGAAUCCUGUUCAGUUAGACAACUACCAGUAUUUUAAUAUGAGAACUCGUAAAUCUGAAAUGGAAUCAAGCGAUAGCUACAAUGCAAGAAUGAUGUUUUGGAAGAAUCUAUAUGGAUAUUAGAAAAAGCUGAAUUGUUUACAUCUUACUAUUGUUAUUUUGCUUAUAUUAGAAUAGUAAAUCAAGUUUUUAAUCACCAACAAAGAGUAACUUAAUAUGAAAUGAAAAAAGGUUUGGAAAUAAAUGCCAAAAAACUGUUCUCAUUUGGUAACUAGAGAUUCCAAGAAAAGACAACUUUCGCAAAAUAAUGCAAACGUUUUCUUUUAAUUAUUGCGCAAACUUUACUUUGCAGAAGUAAUAGCAAAAGAAUAUAAUGUAGUCCACACACAAUAAAAGUAAUGUGCCAAACCUUUUAAGAUUUAAUUCUUGUUGGAAAAAUUUUGUUAAAAAUUUUGA